AUGGGCCCUUAUCAGAUCGAGGAAGACUUCGGUAACAACUCGUACAGAGUUGUGCUUCCCCCGAAUCUGAAGUCCUGGGGGAUUCACAACAUGUUCCCCUCGUCCCUACUUCGAAUCUACGAGCCCAAUGAUGACUGGCUCUUUCCGGGCAGGACAGAUGAACAUGUCCUAAUAACGGAUGAACAGGCGCCACGGGAUCUUGGAUGGGAGAUCAAUCGCGUGCUAUGCCAUAAAGGGAAGGGGCAGGAUUCUGCCUUUGAAGUGGAAUGGAAGACUGGAGAUAAGACUUGGCUGCUUUGUCGGGACUUGAUAUGUCGGCACCCGCUCGUGUCUCUGACUUCCCACAUAUGA